AGGAUGGUGCGCGGCGCGCCGGGGGCUCCCCGCCGCCAGAGCCGCAGCGCCGAGGCGGGCCGCCGACCCCCGCACCGCGAGCCGGGCGAGCGGCCGCGGUGAGGCGCGAGGGCGGCGCGGGCGCAGCGCCAUGGGGGCCCUGACCAGCCGGCAGCACGCGGGCGUGGAGGAGGUGGACAUCCCGUCCAAUUCCGUGUACCGCUACCCGCCCAAGUCCGGAAGCUAUUUUGCCAGCCAUUUCAUUAUGGGAGGAGAGAAGUUUGACUCCACGCACCCGGAAGGUUACCUAUUUGGAGAGAACAGUGAUCUGAACUUCCUGGGGAACAGACCAGUGACGUUCCUAAAUGCUGAAGACACCAUGUGGCUUCACGGAAGGAAAAAACCUUGCAGGUCUGGCUCCCUGUUGUGUCAGUUUCCUUACGCUGCCCCGCCUCCCCAAGAGCCUGUGAAGACUCUGAGAAGCCUGGUCAACAUCCGGAAGGACACGCUGAGACUCGUAAAGUGUGCGGAGGAGGUGAAGACCGCUGGAGAAGAGGCCGGCGGGGCUAAGGUCCACUACAACGUGGAGUUCACCUUCGACACGGACGCCCGGGUGGCCAUCACCAUCUACUACCAAGCCACGGAAGAGUUCCAGAAUGGGAUUGCCAGCUACAUCCCCAAAGACAACAGUCUGCAGUCGGAAACGGUGCACUACAAGCGCGGGGUCUGCCAGCAGUUCUGUCUGCCCUCCCACACCGUGGACCCCUCCGAGUGGGCAGAGGAGGAGCUUGGCUUUGAUCUGGACCGAGAAGUUUACCCUUUAGUGGUCCACGCCGUGGUGGAUGAAGGGGACGAGUAUUUUGGCCAUUGCCAUGUACUGCUGGGCACUUUCGAAAAGCACACAGAUGGAACUUUCUGCGUCAAGCCCCUCAAACAGAAACAAGUGGUAGAUGGGGUCAGCUACCUCCUUCAGGAGAUCUAUGGAAUCGAAAACAAGUACAACACACAGGAUUCUAAGGUGGCUGAGGAUGAAGUAAGCGAUAACAGUGCUGAGUGUGUGGUGUGUCUCUCAGAUGUCCGGGACACCUUGAUUCUGCCCUGUCGUCACCUCUGCUUGUGUAACACGUGUGCCGACACCCUGCGCUACCAAGCCAACAACUGUCCCAUCUGCCGAUUGCCCUUCCGGGCGCUGCUUCAGAUCCGGGCCAUGAGGAAAAAAUUGGGCCCCUUGUCCCCAACCAGCUUUAACCCCAUCAUCUCGUCCCAGACGUCUGACUCAGAGGAGCAUUCGUCCUCCGAGAACAUUCCACCAGGUUAUGAAGUGGUGUCUCUUCUGGAAGCCCUCAAUGGGCCCCUCACCCCGUCCCCAGCAGCCCCUGCCCUCCACGUGCUAGGAGACGGCCACCUGUCGGGAAUGCUGCCUGCCUACGGCAGCGAGGGCCAUCUGCCCCCCGUCAGGACGCGCUCCCCGCUCGACCGCCUGUCUGACUGCAGCAGCCAAGGAAUCAAGCUCAAAAAGAGUCUUUCCAAGUCUGUUUCCCAGAAUUCUUCCGUGUUGCAUGAGGAGGAGGACGAGCACUCCUGCAGUGAGUCAGAGACCCAGCUCUCCCAGCGGCCGUCCGUGCAGCAUCUGGAAGAGGAAUGCGGGGUGACCCCAGAAAGCGAGAAUCUCACCCUGUCAUCCUCGGGAGCUGUUGACCAGUCGUCUUGCACAGGGACGCCGCUCUCUUCCACCAUCUCCUCCCCGGAAGACCCUGCCAGCAGCAGCCUGGCCCAGUCGGUCAUGUCCAUGGUGUCCUCCCAGAGCCAGCACUCCCAGAUCAGCACUGACACGGUCUCCUCCAUGUCCGGCUCCUACGUCGCCCCUGGCACUGAGGAAGACGGCGAGGCUCUCCCUUCGGCCCAGGCCUCCAGCAGGGCCCCCUCGGAAGAAGGAGAGGUGAUGCCGGGGGCGUCUCCGGACAGCAACUUUGUCGGCCUCGCCGCCGAAGAGCUCGACGCAGAGGGCAAUGAUGUUAUAGAGGAAGAGGACGGAUCGCCCACACAGGAAGAUGGCCAGAGGACAUGCGCAUUUCUAGGUAUGGAGUGUGACAAUAACAAUGACUUUGGCAUCGCCAGCGUGAAAGCACUGGACAAUAAGCUGUGCCCUGAGGUCUGCUUACCCGGCACCUGGCAGGCCGAUGACAACAUUGUCAGUCGUCGGAACACUCAGCGUCGGCGCUUAUCAUCCAGCAGCCUGGAGGACCCUGAGGACAGGCCCUGCGUGUGGGGUCCCUUGGCCGUCUGAGAGCCCCAGCCCGGGCACCUGGGCUCCCUCCUGCCCCACCUUCCAUCCCGGCCUCACUGGGCUGCUGGCCUCCUGCGUGUCCUCCGCGACAGCAUGAACACUGCAUCCAGAUGAAAGCUGGACAUGGAGGUUCGCCCGGUCCCCAUAACCAUGCCCCUUCCCCUCCCAGAAGGAUCUGGAAGCCUCCCCUCUCCUUGUGGGCUGGAGCCUCUCAACGAACUGCAGCUCAGUUGCAGAGACUCUCUGGAACGUCUCCUCCCGAUCUGGAUCUUCCGGGGGGAGCCGAGGUCCACAGGCUGCUUGUUUCCCAUCUUUCUCUCCUUCGGGGCACACCGACAGGACCUAGAGUUUUGGCAGCUUCAUUACAGACACCCGUCUGGCAUUUUCUGGUCUCUAAAACAUCAUAAGCAAUUUGAACCCUCCAUUUGAGGGUGGAGCUGGGGAUGGCUCCUGGGAGAAGGGAAAGCCAUUUUGCACUCAAAGCCAAGUUUCCCUCAAAAAGCGUUAGGAGCUCCUUUGUCAAGGACAAGAAACGGUGGCAACCAAAAUGUUGGUUGAGAAAUUAAUUUUGCUUCUGGUCACAGAGCUUGUGUCCCGUGCCUGGUGUGUCUGUCUGCUUAGGGAGGCGGCCUUGGAUCUGACAAUCCCCCAGGUACGUGAAUCCCCCUUAGGAGGGCCGUUUAUGGUCAGGUGCGUAUAUGAAGGCCUGGGAUGACAUCGUAAGGUGACUUUU